AUGGAUUCCAAAGGUUUCUCUCUCUUCAUCUACUUCUCUCUCUUCCGAUACAUCUCAUCCCUUGAAUUUAUCUUCAAUUCUUUCAAUUCCUCUUCUGUUAAUCUCUACGGCAAUGCCACCAUUGAAUCGUCAAUUCUCACUCUUACAACUGAUGCAAACUUCUCCAUUGGAAGAGCCCUUUAUCCUCAAUCAAUACCUACUAGACCUUCAAACUCAUCCCAACUCCUCCCCUUCUCAACUUCCUUCAUUUUCUCCAUCUCUCCAUAUCCUAACCGCCUCCCUGGACAUGGCUUUGCCUUCCUUUUCACACCAUCGACUGGCAUAAAUGGCACGAAUUCAGCUCAGCACCUUGGCCUGCUCAAUUUCACGAAUAAUGGUAACUCAAACAACCAUGUCUUUGCCAUCAAGUUUGAUGUGUUCAAGAACCAAGAAUUCAAUGAUCUUAAUGAUAAUCAUGUUGGUAUCAAUGUGAAUUCUCUCACUUCUGAAGAAAUGCAUGAGGCUGGAUACUGGGUUGGAAAUGAUGAAGAUUAUGAUAAUGAGUAUGAUGUUGGAUUGGAAUUUCGCCCUCUGAGGUUGAACAAUGGAGACAACAUUCAAGUUUGGAUCGAUUAUAUGGAUUCUCGAGUGAAUGUUACUAUGGCACCUGUAGGUAUGGACAGACCUAUUAGGCCGUUGAUUGAUUAUCCAGUAGACAUAUCAGAGGUUUUACUGGGUCAAAUGUAUGUUGGAUUUUGUGCUGCCACUGGAGCAUUAGUUGAAAGUCAUAGGAUUCUGUCAUGGAGCUUUAGCAAUUCCAAUUUUUCCAUUGGUGAUGCUUUAGUCACUGAAGAUCUACCAUCUUUUGUUGCUUCAAAGGCUUCCUUUUUUCGUUCCAAAGGCUUUAUUGCAGGGAUUACUGUGGGCAGUGUUUUCACUAUUCUAUGUGCAGUCACAAUUUACGUGUUUUUGCUACGGAGAAGGAAAAAGGGAAAGGGUAGAGAACUCGAAGAAUGGGAAUUGGAGUACUGGCCUCAUCGCAUGGAUUAUCAAGAAAUUUAUUCUGCAACAAAAGGUUUUGCGAAGGAAAAUGUAAUCGGCUGUGGAGGAAAUGGGCAAGUCUUUAAAGGGGUAUUGGCAGGAGGAAUAGAAGUGGCUGUGAAGCGAUUUUCACUUGAAAAUGAGCGUGGAAUGAGAGAUUUCUUGGCUGAAAUAUCAAGUUUAGGUAGAUUGAAGCAUAGAAAUUUGGUGUCAUUGAGAGGUUGGUGUAACACAGAGAGAAGAAGCCUACUUUUGAUAUACGAUUAUAUGGAAAAUGGAAGUUUGGAUAAAUGGCUUUUUGAUUGUGGCAGAAAUGUGGUGCUGAAUUGGGAAGACAGGAUGGCGGUCUUAAAAGAUGUGGCUUCUGGGGUCUUUUAUUUGCACGAUGGGUGGGAAUCUAAGGUGCUGCAUAGAGAUAUUAAGGCAAGCAAUGUGUUACUAGACCAGGACAUGAAUGCAAAACUGGCAGAUUUUGGCUUGGCUAGAAUGCACGAUCAUGGACAAUUGGCUAGUAUGACCCAAGUUGUAGGCACCGUGGGAUACAUGGCACCAGAACUGGUUCGUACUGGACGCCCUUCAGCUCAAACUGAUAUUUUUGGUUUCGGGGUGUUGGUUUUAGAGGUGGUGUGUGGGCGGAAACCAAUAGAAGAAGGGAAGCAAACCCUGGUUGAGUGGGUUUAUGGGCUAAUGGAAAGAGGGGAACUGAUCAAUGCAUUAGAUGAGAGGCUGAAGAGAAAUGGCAAAUUCGACCAACUAGAAGUUGAAAAUGCGUUGCGCUUGGCCUUACGGUGCACGAAUCCAGAUCCAAAUGCACGUCCUUCAAUGAGACUAAUCUUGAAGAAACUGCAAAUGCAGGGAGCGGAAUCUGAAGAAGUGACAAUUGACAUGCUUACUGAUAUACAUUCACCUGAGAGAUGGUUUUAUUAUCAUCAGAAUAUUGGAUCUGAACUUCCGACAUUAGAAGAUAUACGAAAUGGGCUACUCUCCUCGUCCAUUCCUAGGAGCACAUCAGAUAUCAGUUUAACGGGUCGAUAA